AUGGGGGAGAGAGAAAGGGUGGACGAUCAAAAGUUGUCCACAAAUGGCGGCUUCUGGACUCUCCCGCCUCGACUCCUCCGUACCUCUCUCCUUUUUGUUCCUGAGCCCCGUCUAUACAUCUACAAUGGUAAGAUAUUCGAGUAUGGUCUGUCUGGCUAG